AUGCGUUUGAAAUAUUUGACUACAAUAGUGGAACAACAGGAUGGAGCAGCUAAAAUACCAGCAAUGGAUUGGUCACCAAAUGGUAAAAAAUUAGCAGUAGCUAAUGCUGAUCGUGUGAUAUUAUUAUUUGAUGAAACUGGAAAACGACGUGAUAAAUUUGCUACUAAACCUAUUGAUGCUAAGUAUGGAAAGAAGAGUUAUCAAGUGAAAGCAUUAGUUUUUUCACCUGAUUCAACUCGUAUUGCUAUUGGUCAAACUGAUAACAUUGUUUAUGUUUAUCGAAUUGGUGAAACGUGGGAUGAGAAAAAAGUUAUAUGUAAUAAAUUUAUUCAAUCAUCAGCAGUGAUAGCCUUAUUGUGGCCAAGUGAGGAUCGUUUAAUAAUUGGCCUAAUUGAUGGUAAAGUAAGAAUUGCAUCAUGUCGUAAUAAUAAAUGUUCAACAUUAUACAAAACUGAUGUAUCAGUUAUUUCUCUUGCACUUCCACCUGAUCAUCGUUCAUUUAUUUCUGGUCACACUGAUGGUUCAAUCAUUUUAUAUUCAAUGGAUCGACGAAUGCAAACAAAAAUUUUAACACAUAAUUGUCCACCGUAUGCAUUAGUAUAUACAAAUAAUGCUAUUAUAAUUGGUGGAUGUGAUCAACGGAUAGUAUCGUAUACCGAAAAUGGCCAAUUAUUACAGCAAUUUGAUUACUGUAAUGAGAUAGAUCAUGAGAAAGAGUUUACUGUAGCUGUUCGUGACACAUUUGGACAAAGUGUCAUUUUUGGAAGUUUUGAUAGAGUACGACUUUAUUCAUGGAAUUCUCGACGAGGUGCUUUAGAUGAAGGUAAACCAUUAGAGAUUCGUUACUUAUAUACAAUUAGCGCAUUAGCAUGGAGUCCAGAUGGUUCAACUAUUGCAGUGGGUACAUUAUGUGGUGCGGUGAUAAUCUUAGAUUGUUGUUUAAAACAUUUCAUAUUGAAAGGACAUUUUGAAACAAAAUAUGUUUCUCCCUCACAAGUUAUUAUUAAAGAUACAUCUACUGAACAACAUGUAACAAUUCAUUCUUCUAAAGGAUUACCUAUUAAUGAAAUUAAAAUAAUGGGACAUGAUCGAUAUGUGAUUGCUUAUACAACAAAUACACUGAUAAUUGCUGAUAUGAGGAGUGGUUAUUGCAGUGAAAUUGAAUGGCAAAGUGCUGGUAAUGAGAAAUUCUAUUUUGAUAACGAAAAUGUUUGUAUGAUAAUUAAUGCUGGUGAGGUAAAUUUGGUAGAAUAUGGAAAUAAUGAGAUAAUUGGUUGGAUUCGAACAGAGCUCAUAUCAACACAUCUCAUUUCAGUACGAAUUACAAAACAACACCUUAAAAAUAUAAAUAUUAUAAAGCGUGUUGCUUAUCUGCUUGAUUUGAAUACCAUUUCAGUGGUUGAUUUAAUAAGUCAACGACAGAUUGCACAAUUUACGCAUCCAGUAUACAUCGAUUGGCUUGAGCUUAGUGAAAUGGCAACAAAAUUAUUGUUUCGUGAUAAGAGAUCUCGAUUAUUGCUAGCUGAUAUCAAAAGUGAUCGAAAGAUAUCAUUGUUGGAUUAUUGUAGUUAUGUUCAAUGGGUUCCUAAUAGUGAUGUUAUUGUAGCUCAAUCGAUUGAUCAACUUUGCAUUUGGUAUCAAGCAGAAAAUCCUGAUGAAAUGGUAAUGAUACCUAUAAAAGGUGAAAUUGAAACUGUUCUUCGUGAUGAAUCUAGAACUGAAGUUAUUGUUGAGGAAGCAAAUGAAAAAGUUGCUUAUGAACUUGAUCAAACACUUAUCGAAUUUGCUUCCGCUAUUGAUCGAUUUGAUUUUGCUCGAGCAAUUGAUUUUUUAGAGAAACGAGAAGAAGAAGAAUAUGAUGCAACAGUACUAUGGCGUCAACUUGCUCAGGUUGCAUUAUCACAACAACAAUUAUUGAUUGCACAACGAUGUUUCGCAGCAUUGGGUGAUAUUUCUCGAGUGCAAAUGCUUGUGGAAAUGAUUCGAAUUGCUGAUGAAAUAACGAGAAAUACCGGUGAUGAUGGAAAAAAUAAUUAUAAAGUUCAAGCACGUCUAGCUCUUAUGAAUAAAGAUUUUCGAGAAGCUGAAAGAAUUUAUCUCGAACAGAAUGCAUUAGAUGAAAUUAUUGAAAUUUAUCAGCAAAUUGGCAAAUGGGAUGAAGCAUUUGAGUUAGCUCAAUCACAAAAUCAUCCAGACUUGGAAACUGUUAAAGCACGAUACUAUCGUUAUUUAUUUGAUACAGGUCAGGAUGGAAAAGCUGCACAAGUAUCAGAACGUGAUGGUGAUUUGCUUGUUGCAAUUGAAUUAUAUUUGAAAGCUGGUUUGGUCAUUCAAGCUGCUCGUAUCCUUUUGCAAAAUUCAAAACUUUUAUUUAAAGAUGAUUUAGUACAAAAUGUUAUUACAGCAUUGAUACAAUCUGAUCAAUUUGAAAAAGCUGGUGAAUUAUUUGAAGCAAUAAAAAAUUUUGAACAAUCAUUGGAAAAUUAUCAAAAAGGAAAAAGUUAUGCAAAAGCUAUUCAGCUAGCACGAAUACAUUUUCCGGAAAAAGUUAUUUCAUUGGAAGAGGAUUGGGGUGAUUAUUUGAUUGCAGAAGGAAAUUAUGAUGCAGCAAUAAAUCAUUUUCUUGAAAGUGGUAAAACAGCAAAAGCUCUUGAAGCAUCAAUUAAAGCAAAACAAUGGAGUAGAGCUGCACAAAUUGUUGAUGUAAUUGAAGAUAGCGAACUGGCAAAACGAUACUAUGGCAAAAUUGCUGAUCAUCAUGCAAGUAUUGGUGAUCUUGAGCGAGCUGAAAUGUUAUACAUUGAAGCAAAAAUGCAUCGAGAAGCAAUCGAAAUGUAUAAUAAAGCUUCCCGAUGGGCUGAUUCAUAUCGGUUAGCUACAGAAUUUAUGGGAGUUGAGAGUGAUCAAAUGUAUGAAGAAUUAGCACAAACAAUGGAAAAUAGUGGUCGUUUAAAGGAUGCAGAGCAGCUAUAUAUUGCAAUUGGACAAGUUAAUAAUGCUAUUGCAAUGUAUAAGAAAACAGAUCGAAUUGAUGAUAUGAUAAGAUUGAUGGAAAAAUAUCAUAUCGAGAAUGUCAAAGAAACUCAUCUUCAAGUGGCAAUUGAUUUGGAGGAAAAAGGUAAUUUACGAGAAGCAGAAGAGCAUUAUUUACUUGCUAAUGAAUGGAAAAAAGCAGUUAAUAUGUAUCGUAAUGCUGAAAUAUGGAAUGAUGCUUAUAGGAUUGCUAAACAGGAAGGUGAUGAUAUGGCACAAAAACAGAUUGCAUUUUUGUGGGCAAAAAGUUUAAAUAGUGAUGCAGCAGUGAAAUUAUUGCAGAAAUUUAAAUUACUAGAUGAAUCGAUUGAUUAUGCAUGCGAAAAUGGAGCAUUCGAUUUUGCAUUUGAUUUGUGUCGUUUGGAAGCAAAAAAUCGUUUACCAUCAGUGCAUUUCAAAUUAGCACAACAAUUGGAAGAGGAAGGUGAAUUUGAAAAAGCUGAAAUGCAUUUUAUAGAAAGUGGUAAGCCUAAAGAAGCUAUAUUAAUGUAUAUUCAUGAUCAAGAUUGGGAAAAUGCUGAACGAGUUGCAAAAAAGCAUAGUCCAGAAACAUUAUCUGAUGUAUACAUUCGACAAGCUCGAAUGGCAAUUGAGCAAAAAAAUUUUGCAUGUGCCGAAAGUUGCUUACUUCGGGCAAAUCGUCCUGAAAUAAUUUUACGAUGUUAUAAAGAAUUAGAAAUGUGGCAAGAUGCUAUACGUAUUGCUAAAGAUUAUAUGCCUGCAGAAUUAAAACAUUUAGAAGAGGAAUUUGAUCAAGUACAGCUAAAAUCUGGCGCAAAAGGUAUUUUAUCAUUUAUUGCACAAGCACGAGAUUGGGAAAGUGAAGGUGAAUAUAUUCGAGCUAUUCAAUGCUAUCUAAAAGUAAAGGAUUCAGAAACAGCUGAUACUGAUACAGUUGUAAAUGCUUUAAAACGGGCUGGAGAAUUAGCAAUAAAAUUUCUCUCAGAUGAUGUAACUUCUGCAAUUGUUGAUGAAAUUGCAGAAAUUUUCAUUCAUUUGAAACGGUUUAUUGAAGCAGCUGAAUUAUUUUUGGCAUCAAAUCAACCGGAUAAUGCUAUUAAAGCAUUCUUGCUUGGUGGACAAUGGUCAAAAGCUAAAAAAUUAGCUAUCGAAUUUGUUCCGGAUUUAGCCGAUUUUGUGGAUGAAAAAUACCGGGAAUCAUUGAAACAGCAAGGUCGAUUAGGUGAAUUAAUGGAUGUUGAUAUUGUUAGCGCUAUUGACGCAUUACUGGAACAUGGUCAGUGGGAAAAAGCGCUUGAAAUAGCAUAUCAACAAAAACAUCAACCAUUGUUGGAUAAAUAUGUCGCAUUAUAUGCAACCGAAUUAAUUAAACAAAUGAAAUAUGAUGAAGCAUUGAUUACAUUUGAAAAAUAUGGUGCAUCUUCAAAUUCUAACAAUUUUAACAUUUAUCAAAGACUUAUUGAAGAAGUUAUUAACGUACGUAAUAUGAACAAUCCAAACGUUUAUAGAAAAUGGGCAACUUUACGAAAUGUUCUUCUUAUGGUAUGUAAUGGUAUGAAUACUAAGGAGAAGCAAAAAGAGUUAUUUAAUAGAUAUUUGGAGAUUGCUCAUUAUGGUGCAUUACGUUCAGCUAUUCUCGAAUAUACUGGAACAGAGAUAGAACGUAUCGUAGCUCAAAUUACGAUAAGCUUUAUUCGUUAUAGUGAUAUUAUGCAAGCUGAUAAAGUUUUUUAUGAAGCUGGGAUGGCAUGCAGAAAAUUGGGUACCACAAAAGAACGCUUAGCAUUUAUACUUUUAAAUCAUUAUCUUGAUUUAUGUGAUGCAAUUGAUGAUCAAAAUCCAUCAGCUAUUGAUUGCUCCAUUUUUGAUGGCACUGAUAUACCACAACAAAUAUUACUUCCUGCAACAAAAUAUACAUCUGAUGAUGAAUAUGAAGAAGUAAAAGAAUGGGUGUUAGCAAUUUCGAUGGAGCAAAGUAUAGAACGAAAUUUACCCUAUGAUAAUGAUGGUAAUUUUGAAGUAAGCUUAUUUGAUGCAAAUGGUAUAUCUCAUCCAGCAUGUCUUAUUUCAGGUUAUCCAACAUAUGGAAAUGUUAAAGAAUUUGGAUCAUCUGGUAGAGUAGCCGAUCGUGAUACAUGGAGUUGUUUCAUUAUGGCACAAAAGACAAAAUCAACUGAAAAUAUAAGUGAUGUAUUACAGUUUAUAGCAAAAUGGACACAAACAACAGCAUCAUUAUCAUUGUAA